GGGGUUGCCCCGAAGGAUCCCAAGGACGAAAUCAUCGAGGCCCUCCUCCGUCAACUUGAGGAGAAUCGUCAGGCACCCCCGACAGCUUCAACAGCGAGGCCAGAUCCGGAGUACGCUGACCUCCGGGCGCAAGUGGAGGAAAUGAAGCGUAAACUUGCCGAAGGCUCAGGCGAGCCCCUCAUUCAGCUCCGCACUAGGACGCCUUUCACCCCAAGGGUGCUGGCGGCCAAAAUCCCCCACAAAUAUCGGGGGCAACCUAUCAAGCCAUACGAGGGGAAGACGGAUCCCCAAGAACUCUAUAGCCGUUAUCAAAAUAGCAUGAUGAUGAUGGGGGCCUCGGAUGAAUACUUAUGCCG